AUGGAAGAGCAUGCUGCUUCUUUGAAAAACUACUUAUGGAGCAGGAAACGCCCUGUGGAGGAUACAGACUUGAGAAAAAAAGCAUAUGCCCUAGAGGACUACACUUUACACUACACUACUAUGUGUAUUGAUGCUUUACAACUUCUCAAAUUUUUUUUGUAUGCUUACUCUACGAUGCAUUGUGUUUUUUUAUGUAGUUAUACAGAACAGAUUGGCUUGGUGUAUUUGGCUGCUCGCUUUGAUGGAGGAUAUGCUGCAGUAACAAGAGCUCUACAAGAGAUACAUCAGCGUGUUCCUGAUUUUAAGCCUCAGACAUUAUUAGACUUUGGCUCUGGUGUUGGAUCAGUGUCAUGGGCAGCACAUGCUAAAUGGGGUACCAGUCUGAAAGAGUAUGUGUGUGUUGAUAGUUCUGCAUCAAUGAACCGACUCAGUGAAUUAGUUCUGAGAGGUGGAGAGGAGACAGGUGAUAUGCACAUCAAUGGCAUUUAUUUUCGGCAGUUUUUGCCAGUUUCUCCCAAGGUGCAGUAUGACUUGGUGAUUUCUGCUUUCUCCCUAAAUGAGCUUCCCAACUUGUUUGAAAGACAAAAGACCAUCCAGGCUUUAUGGAGGAAAACAGGAGCUUUCCUGGUGCUGGUGGAAAAUGGCACUAGAGAAGGCCAUCAACUUUUAAUGGAGGCCAGAGAAACUGUAUUACAGGUAAGGGUCAUCUUCAGUGUAACAAAUCAUUUUUCUGUCUAUUACUGUGUCAUUUAG